CAAGUAGAGGACAGCAUCUCUUUGGGAAGUUGAACACGAGGUGUGGAUUGGGCCUGUGCCUGUGGACAAUAAAUGCACAACUCUGCUGGUAAUAAACUGUGCAUUACAAAGUUUUCCAUCAACGCAGUCAAUAAAAGUAACCAUCGAAGAUUUUGAACGUAAUUCUGCAAUCGAAGAGAAAUGGUGAUGGCUACUACUUUUACCCCACAAUAUAUUGGGCGUGAAUUUGUCCGUCAGUACUACACAAUGCUGUAUAAAGAUCCAACUCAGUUGCACAGGUUUUACAUGAAGCACUCUCUGUUCACUCAUGCCAACCUUCCUAACCGUCCAUUUGAGCCAGUUGUUGGUCAAGAGGCCAUCCACAACAAGAUAAUGGAUCUUAAUUUUAGGGAUUGCUAUUCGAAAAUCAAGUCAGUUGAUAGCCAAAGGACUAGUAAUGAUGGUGUGGUUGUUCAGGUGGCUGGAGAGCUUUCUAACCGUGGCAUGCCUAUGAGAAAGUUCACACAGACAUUUGUUCUAGAGGCAGAGGCACCACAACGCUUCUAUGUCUUUAAUGACAUAUUUCGUUAUCAAGAUGAUGAGAUUGAAUAUGAAGAGCAAACAGAUGAAAAUGCUGUAGAUUAUUGCUCAGCAGAUGAUGAGGAGACUAAAGAUGAAGUUGUUACUUCAGUUUUCGAGCAGCCAGCUCUACCAAGUGAGACUGCUUCUAUUGAAGAAGCUGGUCUAAUUUCAGAGGCAGCUGAUCAUUUUGAUAGUGAAACUUCAAUACCGCAAAGUUUUACCAAUGGGAGUCAUCACCAUAUGGAAGAAGAGCAGGUUGUUGAUGAUACUGCAGGCCACUUUACAACUGAAGUGAAAGAUGCCAGCCAGCCACAUUUGGAUUCUGAGGCAUCAAAUGAGGAUAUAGCCCCACAGGACAAUUCUAUUUAUCAAGAAGUUGCAAGUGAGGAAGAAAAACCAGAUGCUGUCACUUCUGAAACUGUGAGUGAAGAUGUAAUGCUGUAUGAAUCCAAUGAGCCGGAGGGGCCUGCUAAACCAGUCACAUGGGCGGCGCUGGCCAAGAAGAACACCCCUGCUACUUCACCGCCUUCUGCUAAUGCCAGUGUUUCCAGGCCUGUAGUUGUCAAGCCACAGGUAAGCGGUCUAACAAAAACAUCUCAAACUACUGCACCACAAAACCACACCAAUCUAAGCUUGCGUAUGACCUCUCCACAAACUGCACCGCUGCCGCAAAGAUCGCAAAGACGUCGUGAAGAACUACCGCGGAAAGAAGUUCGCGAUGACGGCAGGCGAAAGUUCAGUGGCGCGCCCCCCGACAACCACCAAAUUUUCAUUGGAAACUUGCCAAACAAUAUCACAGAGGCGGACGUUAGAGAGAUCUUCCAAGAGUAUGGCAACAUUGUGGAGGUCAGACUCAACCCAAAGAACUUUGGUUUCGUUGCAUUUGAUGCGCCAGAACCAGCUGAGAAGAUUCUAAAGAAGGAGAAGCCGAUUUUGUUUGGAAAGGUGACAAUCAAUGUUGAAGAGAAGAGGGCAAGUGGGUCCGUUCUCUCUCGCGGAGGCCCUCGUCGAGAUUUUAUUGGGAAGGCACGAAACGAUUCAGGGCCGCGGAAUGGGGCAGUUGGAGGACGUCAGGGACAACCCCCUGCGAACAGAGAUAGACCAAGAGGAGGACAAGCGGGUCAACAAAAGCCACGCGGGGGCAUGAACACUGGGGAGGGUCGAAGUGAUAACACACGGGGGCAAAAAAAUCGAGAGCGUGCUGGUCCUGUCAGGCGUUAAAAAAAUAAAUUUAGUAGUAGAGUAUUCGAUUAAGAUCCGGUCGUAGGCGAUAUUGCACGUUGAACGUUUCGUAGAUUGUUGAGUUCGCAUUGCAUCCUAUAAGUUAUUCUUGUGUAAUGGCAUUAAUUUGGUUCAUUUAGAUUAACAGGGAAUCACAUCUUAUUAUUUUUGAUAUGUUAUUAAAUGCAGUUGGAUGACGCCAAAACCUUAACCAGAUCGGCGUUAUUAAGCUUGCUAAAAUGUCAUUUCUAAACACGAAAAGACCCCGCUAGUGCCCAAGUACCCCAUCAAAGAAGAUUACCUGUCUUAAAAUCUACAAUGCCUGCCAAAAGGCUUGCUACAAUACAUUAAAUUUUUGAAUAUUUUAUGCUGCUUCAUUCACAGCACCCCUCUCUCCCGUUGAAAAAUGUUGUUGUAUGUGAAGUUAAGAGGCUCGGUGUUGCCCAAUGGCCUCAUUUCAGAUAACUAAGAUAUUCACCUCUACAACCAACAUUGUUUUGGGGAGAAGGGGUGCUGUGUCUGUCUUUUUUGUCGGAAACAGAAAUUUUUCAACAUCGUUCUUAAGCAACUCGUUGUUCCAAGGACUUUUGGCAGAGAUUGUAUAUUUUUGAAGGUCACUAAGUUAAAAUUUUUGACUGCACAAAACUUGUGGAGAUGAUUUAGAUUGUAUUGCAUUGUCAUUACCCUGUCUAAAUGUUUGUGAACAGGGCUCUUUGUAUCUCGUAACGUGACAAUUCGUUGUAGCAAUUUACAUUUUAAGUAUGUAGGCUCAAUGUAAUUUGAUUUAGUGAAAGGAGGGAUGUGGAAACACUACCAAGACGAAGAGGAAGAUUUGAGUUACUUAAGUUAACGUGUAGAGGAAAUCUUUAAAAAACGGUAGAGGGUGGUAUGUAUGAAGCUGUGCUCUGAUGUGACUUUAUUAUUUGUAAGAGAUGUUUAUGUGAAUAAUUCUUGUAAUACUAGUCGUGGGAACGUUUAGUUGUAAUUUUAUCGUAGUGUCUCCUUUAUCUAAAAUGUCUUAUUACCAUCGAUGAUUACGACGUCAUAUCGUGUUUUGUGGUUACUAAUUUGCAAGAUGUCGAUUCAUUUCGAACAUUUCAUUUUGGAAUUUCAAAGAAGUGUCCCUACGUAUAAUUUAGCAGUUUUUGCAGGUAGGCAUUUUUCCUGGAGUCCAUCUAACGGUUUUUCCUCGGGUUUCAUUAGCCUUUUAUUGAAGAAAAAGGCUGUUAAUUUCUUGAAUGUAUUGAGCCCUCAAGGGUCCAGUUAGUGCUACUUAUGAUAGGGGGUGGGAUGGAGGUUUUACAAGGGUUCCUCUCAUCUCUUAUCUUAAUGUAAGUUUGUAACACCUAGCAAUGAGAUUAUUAAUUAACGGAUGGAACAGAUUUUGAACUUAUGUACGAAAGAGCAA